AUGUCGUCGUCAACGCAGUCACAAGAUUGCCAUCUCGUGUACCGGUCGUGUCGACUUGCCACACCCUCCGUAGACGCCCAAAUGAGGCUGGCUGUUGUACGGCAGUUGGUGCAAGGCAAACAGGAAGCCAUUUGCCCAUCCGUUACGACAAUGGCCGCCAUUUCUGCUGUUCAGCAAAUCCGAUGGGCAACGCCCUUCCGUGUUUCCCUGCCUCCCUCCACUUCACUCCUCCCAGCCGCCCAAUUAUCCCAUUCUACUGGUCGGUAG